AAAGGUCAGUAUCCCUAUCACAUUAGCUAAAUUCCCAUUGCAGCUGGUAUUUCUGUCUUUCCAGGGAUACACCAAGGCAUUCCCUCUCCUACACAUCCAGACAAAACUUUAAAAGCAUAUACUGGUAAGAAUGUAGCUUCUAUAGAACCAAAUCAAAGCAGGAGAGUGUGAAUAGAAUUUAGGGUGGAGACUUCAAUAGACCUUAAAAGUUCACAAGCAUUGAAAAGCAGUCAGAAGCUGAGAAAAAUGUGAGAAUUAUACUGAAAAAAUCAUUAAUCACUUCUUUUCUCCAAAUACUUACCCUUUUCCUAUUGUUAUUCCAACAGCAAACCUCCACAGACCUUCUGCAAAGAAAAAAGAAAACCCGGGAGCCUCAAAUUUUUUAAAAUAUCUUCAAGGGGAACAUACACACACACAAAACACACACAUGUAUGUGUGCAUGUGCAUAGGUAUACACAACGACACACAAAGUGGAAUAUUUGUCCUUUUCCUUUUUUGUGAACUGGAAGACUCUGCUCCUGACAUGAAUACCAUCUUUAAGCAUCUGGACAGUAAUCAUGGGCAGCUAAGAAGGUCAGCUUCCAAAAGACACCGGGGAAGGCCCCACCACCACGUGACCUUGGGGGUGCCAAUGUCCUUCCAUGAGGGGGUCAACCCGAGCGUGGUAGCAGCGAGCAAGAACCUCGGGCAGCCCCAGCAGUCAUGCAGAAGGCCACCUAUUAUGACACCUCCACCCUCUUUGGGACAUACUCCUACCCAGGAGGGGCCAACGGGUUCGGCUACGAGGGCCCCGUGCCGCAAGCUUUCCAACCGGCUGCUCACGUGGAGAAUGACUACCAGAGGCCGGCCUGCACCCUCCAGUCUCUUGGCAACCCGGCCCCGUUGGCCAAAACGAAAGACCUGAAUGGGAGUUGCAUGCGGCCCAGCCUGCCUCAGGAGCACCACCCGCCCCCGCCUAUCUCACCACCGUCGAACCCCAUCACCACCCCGACCAGCAACAGCAACAGCAACAGUAACAAUGGCGGCGGUGGCAGCAAUAACCAUAACCAGCCUGGGGGUGUCAAAAGUGCCUCCAGCAAAUCCAGCUUGGGCUCUAAUAACACCGGCCUCGCCAAGCAGAUUUUCCCCUGGAUGAAAGAAUCGAGGCAAAACUCCAAGCAGAAAAACAGCUCCCCCACCACAGAAAGCUGCAGUGGUGAGAAAAGCCCCCCAGGCAACUCCUCGGCUUCCAAGAGGGCUCGUACGGCUUACACCAGUGCCCAGUUAGUCGAGCUGGAGAAGGAGUUCCAUUUCAACCGCUACCUUUGCCGGCCCCGCCGGGUGGAGAUGGCCAACCUGUUGAAUCUCAGCGAAAGGCAGAUCAAGAUCUGGUUCCAGAACCGGAGGAUGAAGUACAAAAAAGACCAGAAGUCAAAAGGCUUGGGCUCUUCCUCAGGGGGUCCUUCCCCAACGGGAAGCCCACCCCAAACCAUGCAGUCCUCAGCAGGCUUCCUGAAUACCUUGCACCCCAUGACUUCGAACUAUGAUGCCCCCUCGCCGCCUUCCUUCAACAAACCCCACCAGAAUGCCUACGCUAUGCCCGCUGCCUACCAAAACCCCAUCAAAGGUUGUCCCGCCCAACAGAAGUAUGCUAACACAGCACCUGAGUAUGAUCCCCACGUUUUACAGGGUAAUGGAGGAGGAGGAGGAGGUGGUGGAGGAGGCUACGCACCCCCCAACAUGCAAGGCAGCCCAGUCUACGUAGGUGGGAGCUACGUGGAUUCUAUGCCCAACUCAGCUCCCUCACUUUAUGGGCUGAACCCUCUCCAACAUCACCAGCCGCCAAGCAUGGAGUACAGUGGGGCCCCCCCAAUGGGCCCCAACCAGCACCAUGGACCCUGCGAGUCCCACCCAACUUACACAGACCUUUCCACCCACCACGCUUCCACUCAGGGUAGAAUCCAAGAGGCACCCAAGCUGACCCACCUGUGAGGAGGGGCAGGACAGACUCAGGGGGAAGGGGAGUUAAUGGAGAACUGGGACUGGGGUGGGUGGGAGUUGGUUGGGUCUGUGGUCAGUUGAUCAGCUUGUUGAUUUUGUUAAAGUGUCAGUGGGCUCUUCUUUGAAAACCACAACAACCUUUGCGUUGAAACCCUCAGAACUCUUCAGAGCAGUCUUUCCCAAGCCCGGACCCCCCCACCUCCCCACCCCUGGAUGUGCUGGGCUAAAAUACCCACUGCCCACAGCCAGCAGCAUCAUGUUAUCUGGGGAUGAUGGUUGUUAUAGUCCAGCACAUUUGCAAAUCUGACACAAGUUUGUGGAAGACUGUUUCAGGUAGUAGUUUGGAAGCUGAAAACCCUUUGGCAUCUGGAUUUGCUGCUAUUGCUUUUUGCCACUGCCAUUCAUUUCCCCCCCUCCCAGACAGCAGAGCAUCAAGUUUAGUCAGAAAUUAUCUUUCUGGAGCUGAAACAAGGUGACCUGGAAGUCUCCCAAUUAAUUCCCUCCUCAAUAAUAUGAAAGGAGCUUGUAUUCUGCAACUGCUCACAGUACAAUGCCAUAUUUUCAUGCUUGGAAGUCAAGCCCAUUAAACAAAGAACGAAAGCUGGGCCCUAAAGGACUCUGCUAAAGUUAAUGUAUGUGAAGAAAAGUCAGUAAGGUUUCUUAGCCACCAUGAAAAAAAAUCAUCUUCUGUUUUCUUCAGAGUAUCAAGAGCUCUAACUUCUCACUGUCCGUAUAGCCUGUAGAAGUAAUAACUCCUGUUACUCCCAAAUAAAUCUAGGGUUUAAAGAUCCUCUAUUGGAUAGGAGCUAUACUGGCCAGCCAGACUUUAUUUCCAAAUUAGAGUGCAGGGUUUUGUUUUUUUUUUUUUAGUGCUCAUAGUCAAGCGAUGGUUGCAGAUUUCCAGGUCACAAACUCACCUGAGUAACUUCAAGGAGAGCAGAGUACGCUACAGAUCCAGGGCUCCAAGCCAACAUGUUAAACCUGCCCUUCUGUAUCUCCCCCACACAGAGGCAAAAUAUUAAAUCCCUGCUUCUUAACCUUCAUGGGUCUCUUUUAUCACCACAAGACAAGUGGAGGUUUUGAACAUCCUUGACCAAAUCAAGCAGAUGUGGCCUUGUUUAAUGUACUCUAUAAAGACCAACAAUUGGGAAAAUUCUAUUAUACAGCCCUCAUAAUCCUUUUCCUUACAUACUGUUUACCUAUUAAUAAAAUUAUGAAGGCUGUGAUCCCAUGCACAAUUACCUAGAAGAAAUCCCCACUGAAAACAAUGGGACUUACUACCGAGUAGACAUGCAUAGCGUGCUCUGUGACAGAGGUUGUCCAAGAUCAUUGCAGGGCUACCAAUUGCCAGCACAUUUAUUUAGUAAUAAGACCUUUAAAAUUGAUAGACAUCAUCCAGAGACAAUUAUAACAAGCAUUAUGUUCAAUUGAUGUUGUAAGGAGGAAAACUGACUUUUAUGGAAUAGCACCCUACACUUAAAUAUAAGUAGUUUCAGGAGGAGGGCUAACAAAUAAAUUGUUUAUGAUUGUAGAGGACUACAUAGGUGUUUACAGACAAUCAAGUAUCCAUACCCACGUUUACAUAUACACACCAUUGAUAGUGCAGUCCUAUGCAUGCUUACACAGAAAGUAGGUCCAUUAGAUUCAGUGGGGCUUGUUCCCUACUGCCUCAGUCAGGUCCAAUUCAAGGAGAACAAAUGAGGGAAGGGGACUUCAAAAGUGAAUUUCAACCCCUUCAGAAAUCCCUUUUAAUAAUCUGAUAUACCAACUAACAAUUCAUGAGGCCAAUGAAUAGCUUUCAAAUUUGCAUUUCAUCCUUCUCUUUGUACCAGUGUUUUGACACAAAUAUUUUGCAGAUACUGUACAAAGAUGUGAUGAUUUUAAAGCGAUAUCAAUGAAUCCAACAUAAUAGACUUUAUUCUUUUUUAAAAAGGAGUAAAAACCCAAAACCUCCUGAAUUAUGCACACAAAAUUGUGAAUGUGGAAAAACUCCAUUAUUCUUCAAUCCACUGCUGUCCCCCCAAAUCUAAACAAUAGAUCCUCAAAAUGCAACAGGGUUACAGUUUUAAAGACGGGGGAAAGAUCAUCUUUAAGUGGAGAAUCCCCUUGGCAAAGUCUUCCACUCUCACCUGUCCUCCACUACAUGCAAGCUGUUAGAUUUCCUCUCCGGAACAGACUCUCUGCCCCUUUGGUCUAUUUCCUUCAUCCCAUUAUCUGAAAAUUAUACACUAUUUACAGCUUUGUGUCCCCCAUCAUUUAAUUCCUCUGCCCAUCAAAAUUAAUGGGGAAAGGAAAAAACCUGAGGACCCUUUUACAUUGUAAUUUCUCAGCUUGCAUUUAAAGUGGGGGGGGAGAGAAAAAAAAAUUUAAAUUAGAAGAAAGUAGAGACCACCCUCUCCUUCCUCAUAAAGUGACUGCCUUUUCUAACAGUUAAUUUAGGGUUGGGGGGAGCCUCACAUCUUAGGCAUCUGGUGCUUGUUUGCAUCUCUUCUUCUCUUGAACGUGAAAACAGGGUAUAUUUGAACAGAAACUGUUAUGUCCCCCAAAUGGAGGUGGAAGUAAAUAGCCCUUUGGGGGAGGGCAGGGCGCAUUUACUGAUGCCUCUUCUUUGGGCUGGCAUCCUUCUUGCACUUAGAGUUUACAUUUUAAUGGGUAUAUAUAUCAACUUUUGAAGGACACCCAUUGGAGAACGUCUUUCAGUGGGCGUGUGCUGUG